GCUGGGCGCCAACAUGUACACCUACCUCAAGUUCGGACUGCCGCGGGUGUUCCCGCCGUCAGCGUCCCGCGGCAGGGACGGCUCCAGCGGUUACGACUCGAGCGACGACCAGGGCCACCCGGUCCCCGGCGGCCACGGCCCGCGCUACGGUUUGCGGUCCAGGAGCGACCCCGACUUCCGCAGCCACCCGCAGGGCCACCCGCCCGGCCAUCCCCAGGGACACCCGCCGGGACACGCGCCCGGACACCCGCCGGGACAGCCGCACCCCGCGCAGCAGCCCCGGCCGUACGCAGGGGCGCGCCACGGCGGGCGGGGCGAGGCGUGGCGGGCCAAGAGCAACAGCGAAGCCAACCUGCUGAGCCCGGAGACCAUCUACAGACACGAGCACCGGCGCAGCGUGCACGACCUGCGGGGGGCGGAGCUUCGCGAGCUGCGCGACCUGGAGCACACGGG